AUGCUGGAGAUGGAGGAAUUGGAUCCUUUACAAAUUGCAAUUGCAAAGGUCAAGCAAAUCGUUGAAGGGAAAAUCCCAUUUGGCCCUAAUGAAUAUUUGGAGAUUUAUUAUCAAAUCUAUAUAAAGUUCAACAAAGUGAGUUCGCGGACGAUGCAAUCUGAAUAUGAAAAAGCCUUAAAAGAUCAUAUCAAUUCAACAGUUGUCCCCGCAUUGAUGGAGAAAAAAGAUGAGUUUCUCUUGACAGAAAUUGUAAAGCAAUGGGAAUAUUACAAAGAGAUGGUUAGCAUUCUAUCCAAAAUUGUGUCUUUAAGAUUCAACCGUUUGUAUUCUUCGAUCUUAUCAAAAUCCGAGGAAGCUGCUCGGAGAUGCUUCCCUGAAACAGUCUACAAUGAAGUUCUGUACAGUAAUGUGCAGGGUACUAUGAUAGUUCGAUUUAAUAAAAUGCGCGAAGGUGAGAGCGUUCUUGAUGGGACUGUAUUGAAAAAUGUUGUGUGUAUGAUGUGGGAUUUUGGGUUGGACUACUAUAAAGAUUUUGAGGUGUCCGUUUUUGAAAAUACCAACAUUUACUAUUCCAGCAGGACUGCUUCAUGGAUAUGCGAUUAUUCUAGUCCAGAUUAUUUGGUGAAGGUUCUUAGGUAUUUAAGGUUGGAGAAAGAAACAAUUGCAAUGCAUUGUGUGCAUCAAAGUAGCCAAACAAAGUAUCUUGAAAUGGUCGAAAAUGAACUUCUUUGCAAGGAUGAAUGCCAACUUUUGAGGGAAGAUUCAGAUUGUCAUCCAUUGUUGAGAAAUGACAAGAUGGAUGAUCUUUCAAAGAUGUUUAACUUGUUUUCUGGGAUAGAUAAAGGCACUCAGCUCAUGGCCAAAAUAUUUAGACAGCAUGUUACCAGGCAUGGUACAUCCUUAGUUAAACAUGGAGGGCAAAUGGUGGCAGAGGCAUUAAAGGCAAAUAAUGGAAAAGAAGUGAUUGCAAGUGUAGAAGAUCAGUUUGUGAGGAGUGUUAUUCAAUUGAAUGAAAAAUACUUGCAAUGUGUGGAGGAGAGAUUUAUGAACCACUGCCUUUUCAAAAAUGCACUCAUGGCAGCCUUUCAGAGUUUUUGCAAUCAACAAGUUGCAGGAAACAAUAUUUGGGAAUUGUUGGUCACAUUUUGUGACAAUAUUUUGACAAAUAGAAACAUGACAUAUUCAAAUGUUGAAGAUGCCCUUGAGAAGGUCUCAAAGAUCUUUCCCUGCGUUUAUGACAAAGACAUGGUUGCAGAUUUUUAUAGGAAGAAGCUCGCAGAUAGGCUUUUGUCCCAUAGAAGUUCAAAUGCUGAUUAUGAAAAAAGCAUGUUAGUUAAGUUGAAGUUUGAGUGUGGAAGACAAUUUACAUCUAAACUGGAGGGCAUGCUUACUGAUUGGACAUUGGCAAUGAAAACCCAAUCCGAUUUUGAGGAAUACCUCAGUCAGAAUCCUGUUCAUCCACGCUCUGGAAUAGAAUUCUCUGUGACAAUUUUGACAUCUGGCUUCUGGCCAAGCUAUAAGUCACCUGAUUCACUUGUCCUUCCUGUUGAAAUGGUGAGACAUUAA